CAUCUCACAGUCUCAACAGAUGAGACACGUGGGGAGCAACCUCAAAGUUUGAAUUUUACUGACGUAGUCUACGCUGUCUAUACUGUACUGUAGUUUCCACAUCUUUAUCCAGCAGGUACGCUGUAACGCAAGGAUAUUAUUUCUCAAGAUUAAGUGCAACACAGUUCCAGACUACCGAAAGAUGCACUCUACCGGCUUGUUAACGUGUCUGCUCACCGUAUGCUUGAUAAAUCAAGUGAGUGGCUCGGAAACUGUCACUGGAAAACAUGGAGACACUGUUGAAAUCCCAUGCAACAAAGGCCGUGUCAUGGAAGGGCUUGUUAAAUGGAAAUAUGACAAUGGCAAUAUUCUGGUGAAGCGAUCGGGUCAGAAUGCCUCCAUUUCGGAAGAUGCGAACUACAAGAACAGAGUCGAUAUCAAAGAAGAUUUUGGCCUCAUCAUCAGAGAAGUGACCAUGGCAGAUCAGAAAACCUUCACCUGCAUGGUGUCGGGGGAAUAUGACAUUUUUGAGUACCCUGUUCAACUGGCCAUUUACAAGCUUCCAUCACAACCUCAGAUUACAAACCAAACCACUGCAAUGGCGGUUGGCAAACUAACUAAGUUAGCGCAGUGUCGUACUGAAAAUGCCAAUCCAGCUGCCAACAUCACAUGGUUCAAGAACAAAACUCCGCUUUUGUCUGAUGGAUCAGCCAUUAAAAUCAGUACAACUGUAGAUGUUGAUAAAUCGACGGGACUGUCUUCAACAAAAUCUGACCUUGAGUAUACAGCAAUGAAGGAAGACAUUGGUGCAAAUUUCACCUGUCAGAUUCAACACAUCCGGUCUGCUAACAUGGAUUCCUCCCCUCUUACCUUCACUGUGAACUACCCUACCGAGAAGGUCACUCUUCAAGUGGUGCCCCAGGGUCCUUUUAAGGAAGGGGAUAACGUGACCCUCAAAUGCACUGCAGAUGGAAACCCUCCACCUUCUAGCUACAUCUUCUACAUGAAGGGAGAGAAAAAGGCAGUGGAGAACUCCAACACAUACACCUUGACCAAUGUCACCCGGGAAAGCACUGGAGAAUACAAAUGUUCUCUGGUGGACAGUGAGGAUAUGGCGGCUUCAUUACCCAUCACAGUUGAAUAUCUUGAUGUGGAUCUUGUCCCCACUGGUCUAAUUUUCAAGGGACUUGGCGAGCGUUUUGAGUUGACCAUAGACGUUAUGGCUUCAGGAACACCAAAAACAUCUUGGAGAAAGGGCAAUAUCAAGCUGGAUAGCCUGCCCAAGUUUGACAAGUUGAAGUACUCCGACUCUGGGGUGUAUGAGUGUGUUGUUUCCAUGUCUGGCCUCAAGAAGACACGAACAUUUGAAUUAAUAGUUCAAGGUUCUCCAGUGAUCAAGAACCUAAUCAAGAAUCGUGGUGUUGGAAGCGUGAACAAGGUCCUGACUUGUGAGGCUGAAGCCUUUCCAAAACCCACAGUACAGUGGAGUGUCAAUGGCACAGAUGUUGCUGAGAGUGCUUAUGUGGAUGGCAAAGUCACAUACAGCAUUACUAUCAUUCCAAAGGUCAAUCUCACUGUGUCCUGCACGGUCUCUAAUGUCUUUGGCUCUGUAAAUAAGAGCAUUAAUGUGUCACCACUUAUUGAUGAUGACCUGUCAGUUGAAAAACAAGAUCAGAAAGAUGACCGAGGUGACCAGACAUCACUUGCUGUUGGCAUUGUUUUUGGGCUGAUUCUGGCUGUUUUUGCGAUCGCACUAGCCUACUGGCUCUAUACGAAGAAAUACAGGCAAGGAUCCUGGAAAACUGGAGAAAAGGAAAAUGGAUCAGCGGAGGAGAGCAAAAAGCUGGAGGAAAAUCAAAGCCAAAAAGCUGAUGUGUAAUGUCAAAGGAGCCAUUCAGGGAUUAAUGACAGAUCCAUGAGAGGAGUAGAAAAACUGGUGGAAUCUGUGGAGAAAAAGAAGCUGUAACCGGUCCUGAGUAGCUUUGUCAGUUACAAUUCCACCAUCAUCUGUAAGGUGUCUGUGCCUCCCCUGUGCCGGGGGAUUUAAUUAAUAAUGUGUGUUGUAAAAUAUGUGAAUCUUUUGAGGUGAAGAUCAAGCCUGUUCAGAAACCUGUGUCUGUAAAGUGUUUAUUCAUAAUGUUGGGUUUAAUAUUUGACCCCCCCCCCCCCUCCCUCCCUCUGGAGAAAAAAGUUUUUUUUUGUAUGUGCAUCAGGUAUUUAGUUGAUGCAAAUUUUCAUUUGCAAUUUCACAUGGUAGAAACACUGUGGCCUUUAGUAUCUGCAAUGGACUUUUCCUGUAGAAUUACACACAGUACUAAUCUGUGGCAUGAUGUGAAGCAUGAUUUUCAGAUUUAUACUGAGCACUUGGCUCGUUUUCAGGUCUUAACAAGUCAAUGAGCAAAAUUAUAUCCCUAUAUUAUACUUCUUUGCAUCUAGAAGACCAUUAUUUACCAAUAUUUAGAUCUUAUUAGCAUUUCAAUAAAGACUGACUUUCAAUUGAGUUAAAAUGUCUACAUCGGACAAAUUACAUUGUGAUUUCAGAAGUAAGACGAUGCAGGGACCAAAGCUUGUUAAUGAAAACCAUGCCUUUUGCUUAUAUUGUUUAGCAUACCGUUUUCAAUAAGUGAAGACCAUGUUAAUUAGAGAUCUUAUUCAGAUCUCAAUAAUGUAUAUUUACACUCCCUUUAAUCUCUGAUUAUCACCAGUUUUGUGUGUUCUUUGUUUCAUUGUUUUGAUGCAGAAUUGGAUAUGAUCUGGUUUAAGCAUUACUUGUAAAUAUGGUAAACUUUUUUUCUAUGUUCUAUUUAUAUUGUUAUGGUUUAGCUAAAUGCCAGUGUUUUGACAUUACAGUAGCUAGUUUUAGUAAAUUUGUUGAAUGGUACGGUACAAUUGAUGGUAUUUCCUUGCAGGCUUCAAAAAUGUGAAAAUCUUUCCGUUUGCAUAGUGGUGUUGCUGUAUUCCCACACUUCAGUGCUUAUUCUGUGCAUUUAAUCCAUCAAACCAAAGAGGUUGAAUGUGGUCAUGCAAGUAUUGUACAUACUGAACAUUGUUUUGUACUCCUAGUUCAAAUAAAGUGUACAUUUUUAGGAAA